AUGAAACGUAAAAAAGAUGAAGAGAAGAACAUUGCGUUACAAACAAUGGAACGGUUAAGAUUGUGGAGAUACAGAAAGCUGACUAAUGAAAAUGUCAAGGAUGAAAAAGUCAUCGAGAAGUAUUCAGACGACGAGGAUUAUAAUUCAUGCUUCAAAUUGAAAAGGAAUAUAAAGAACUUCAGAUUGAAAAAGAAGGAAAAACUCAAACGACAGAAUGUUAAGAUUUUACCAACGAUUCAUGAAGCAUCAUCAGCCAAAAAAAAUUCACUAAGCAUGAUUCCUACUGAGUCUGGUGCUGACUCUUAA